GCGUGCGGAGGGGUGGGGAGAGAAGAGUGCCAACCCGGAAGCGCCUGGGCCGCUCAGGGCGCCGCCAUAUUGGCCGGUUCCCUGGGCGCCGCCAUAUUGUGCGACUGGCUCUCCGGCUCCGUCGGUCCAGGCAGCUGCGCUCAGGAGAGGAGAGGAGGGGGCUGCCGGUCCUUCCUUCUUUCCUUCCGCCCCCCGCCCUGCCCCAGACACAGCCAUGUCUGAGACCUAUGAUUUCCUCUUCAAAUUCCUGGUGAUCGGGAGCGCUGGAACUGGGAAGUCGUGCCUCCUCCAUCAGUUCAUAGAGAACAAAUUCAAGCAGGAUUCCAACCACACAAUUGGAGUGGAAUUUGGCUCGAAAGUGGUGAACGUUGGUGGCAAGACGGUGAAGCUCCAGAUCUGGGACACAGCUGGGCAAGAGCGCUUCAGGUCAGUCACGAGAAGCUACUACCGGGGAGCCGCUGGGGCGCUGCUGGUCUAUGACAUCACCAGCAGAGAGACCUACAACGCCUUGACCAACUGGCUCACCGAUGCCCGGACCCUGGCCAGCCCCAACAUUGUCAUCAUCCUCUGUGGGAACAAGAAGGAUCUGGAUGCUGACCGGGAAGUCACCUUUCUGGAGGCUUCACGCUUUGCUCAGGAAAACGAGUUAAUGUUUCUCGAGACCAGCGCCUUGACUGGAGAGAAUGUAGAAGAAGCUUUCUUGAAAUGUGCACGGACUAUACUGAACAAAAUCGAGUCAGGCGAACUUGACCCGGAGAGGAUGGGCUCGGGCAUCCAGUACGGCGAUGCUUCUUUGCGGCAGCUGCGGCAGCCGCGCGGGACCCAGGCACAGACCAGGCAGCAAUGCAACUGCUAGGGCGGAAGUCUGCGCAUGCCUGGAAGCCGCCUUGCAAGUGCUGGAACUCGGCCUCUCUGGACCAGGGCUGUAUGAAGCACCUUCUUCCGUUCUGCCCCCCAGGACUACGUGCCUCGGCUUGGCUGAAGCCCUCCUGCUUUCCCAGGACGCCUGCUCCAUCUCUGUGCUGCCGCCGCCGCCGCCGCCACCUCCUGCCUUCUUUCUCUUCCUGGCCCGAAGCCGUGCGGCUUCAGUCCCCAGGUGACCGUCCGCGGCGGGGGCUCCAGCUUCCCUUGUCACUGCCGAGCCCCCUUCUGGCACACAUGACUGUGACGGUUUCAAGGCCAGCGGGCUUCAUGAUCGCGCCCGGCAGGAGAGGCCCUGAAGGCGUCUGACCCUCCCGGGCUUCUGUAGUUGUCUCUCUUGCACUCCAUGGCUGCUUCAGUCUUCAUGACGAAACGUGAUUCUGGUUGGGGGCGGGGUGAGGAAGGGGGUGGUUGGGUCACUUUGGGGGCAUUUAAAUUUAUUUCCCCCUUCAUCGUCCUCCCCCUGCCCUCCACCUUUUAGGAGAGGUUGGCGUGGGUCCUCUGGUGGUGCUGCUGCCGCCGCCUGGGGCUGCUUUACCCAGUGGACCAGGGGCUGGUUCCACUCGGAUCCCUAUAUGAGAAUGUUCUGCCUGCGACAUAUUCUAGAUGGCCCCUUUUGAAGUAGCAUCUCUGGGGCUCACUGCUUCAGUGUGGGGUCCAUUUUGGAUUUGCCUUCACACCAAAUCCGGUUGGGGUGUGUGUCCGUCCGUCCGUCCGUCCCCUUGUUUCUGUCCCCAGGUACUCCCCCCCCCAUUUCCCUGUGCACCUUUUGAGGGUGCCUCUCGAUUUUCCAGAAGCCACUUGUGGGCCCUCUGCGCUCCCCUCCUUGGGACUGCAGUCAGCAGGUAGUGUCCAGGCCUGAGAGGGGGGCAUUUGUGGCUUUACCACUUUGGGGUGUGAUCCCAGCUUAUGGGGAAAGGAUGUUUGUUGGGGGGUGUGUGUGUGUGUGUGUUCAUGUGCAUGUGCGCACGGGCUGAAUCAGUAUGGCAGGCGUGCUCCCUGCUAGAUGUUCCCACUUUGGUCAGAGCGUGUGCUAAGAUGUCUGCAUCGACAGAGAAGUAUCCACUGCUUUUAUGAUCCAGUCUCCUUUUGUCCCGUAGGAACGCCAUGUAUUUACUUCCCUCCAGACACCUGUUCGUGUUAGCUCAGAUUCCCAUCAAGUUUUGCAACAUACCCUCCGCCCCUGGGCCUUAAAACCUUUGACCAGGCUCCGCUGAGAGACACCUGUGAGACCUUAAGGCCCAGGAGUCUGGACGGGGCGUUCUCUCGAGCGCCCGCCUCUUCCUGAGAGUUCUCUCCCUGCACUUUCCAGGGAGGCCAGUUCCUAGCCUGGAGGUGCUGACCUCUGGCUCCCUCCCGUCCCUGUGCCAGACCUUCUUCUGGGGGCUUUGCUCUCCUUGGCCCUGGGCUUCAGAGCGGCUACAUCCUGAAGAACGAUUUGCCAGGUCUUGUGCUAAGAUGUGCUGGUCAGACCGAAGAAGGGCUCAAGUGUGUCCCGUGCAAAACCAAAGUGGGGCGAAGAGGCCUCCUUGCUCCUGCUGCUGCUGCAAGUUCCCCCUAAGUUGGUGCGAGGUGAGGAAGUUGAAACUCUGGUUUCUGCUGGAAUCCCCUUAUGAGGACAUACCCCCACGUGUGACGCUUGUGUGCAUGGUGGGAAGAGCACCUCUACCUCUGUGAGUGAAGAAUCUCACCCCGCCCCACCUGGCAGGUACUUUGGGGGCAGGGCAGGGGGUGGAGAGAGCAAGCUGUGCUUCUGCUCCUGUCUCCCGCCCAGGAGUGGGGACUCCUAAAGAGGUGGGGGCUCCCAAAGCAGCUGCUCCUGCUUCCUAGCAGGCGAUUGGGUGGCUCCUUCCCCGAGGUGCCUGCAAGCUGGCCAUUCAUCAGGUAAAGCUGUGCGGUACUCAACAAAUGGCAAGCCUGCAGGCAGCACAGCCCUUGGGUGGAUGGGGGGCAGGGGAGAGAGAAGCAACCCACGCUGCUGUUAGGAGCCAGAGGUACCUUUGAUGCCUCUGGUGUCCCGUCCCCCCCCCGGUCCCCUUUUGCUGGAAUCUUGGAACUGGCACUUGCAUGCCUUGCUGGUUAGUUUGAGAGGACCCCCUUUCCUGCCCCCGCCCCACAGCUAUUGCCCCACCUCUUUGAUCCACAGCAAUGAGAUGAGGCGGGAGGCAGGUAGGGCCCCUGGGCAGGCCUGCCUGGCUUGGUGAAAGGUCCUGUGGGCAGACUUCAUUUCUCACUCCACCGCCACCCCGCAAUGGCCCACGAGGAAGGGGCAGAAGGAGAUUGCUUGGAUAUCCUUUUCUGUUUAAGUGUUUAACGUCAUUAUUUAUUAUAACUGUCUCAGGGGCAGAAAUCUGCUGUCACUGUGUCUGUCUCCUGCUCCCCCUCUACAUGCCCCUCCCGCCACCUCUUGGUGCUUCUGGGUGGGCCGUGUCUCUCUGGUUCUCGGGGGUCUCCCUUGGGCCUUGUCGAGGACGGGGGCAGUUUUGACAGGGCUGCUUUUAAUCUGUAGUUGAGGGACAAGCUGUUACCAAGCAGUUUAUAAUUCAGAUCCUACUGUGUCUUGAUUUUUCUUUAAAUGCACAUUCCUUCCAGUUUAAGGCUGUGAAAUUUAUUCUCCUACAUAAAGUGUUCAAAUCUUUUUUUCCA